AUGGAAAUAUGUCACUCGCCGUGGAAGUCGAAUACAGCGUCCUCUUGCAACGGGGGCCUCCUUGGAGAUGGUAAGCCCGGACCGGACAGAGACCAGAAACGGCUUCGCCACCCUGGAUCCAGAGGUUCCGGUGCCUUCUUCCUUGGGGGCUUCCGAUUCGAGAUCGGCUCCAGAGAUACCUGCGCCUUUGUCCUCUGUUAUGUCUCCCUCUCCGGUGGCUUCUAACUCAGGUUCAGAUCCUCAGAGCUCCCACCCUCAUCAGACCGUGAGGCUGCCUGAGAGUCCGGCCCAGUCAUCAUACUACAGCUGGCUCAGGUCGAUCGGGCCCCCACCGCCCUUUUGCGAAACCACUCGAGGCGAAAGAACGGACCUCCUCAGCCAUUGCAUCAGCUGUUGUCAUCGGCAGCUCUAUUGUAACAAACAUCUUGGUUCCUUGGGCAAAAACCCUGUGCUAUCCUGGAGCACGAGUACGGGACAUUAUAAGGCCGCUUCUGACCGUUCUACAACAAGGGUCAAACAACAUCAGGAGGGCUUGCUCGUAACUUCUGAAAAUAGAUUUUAAAGGACUGAUUCUAGCACUGAAAGAUUCCAAAAAGCGGCCAAUCAUUUCAGGUCCAGUACCAUCGUUGGGCCGCGGGUGUGAAAGAUUCAGCAGGCUACUGACAUUACACACCUGGCUAAAAGAUUACAGUAGCUCUGUUGGAAUCACUUUUAUAGAUAACUUCGACACUUCCUGGAAACAGAAGAUGUUCUACAGGAAUGACAGAGUCCAUCCAAAUCAUCUUGGCUCCUGGACUCUGUCCACACGUUUCAAGGCUGCGUUAAGACAAUGACUUAUCAAUGACCCAAGACCAGCUCAGUUAAUCCCUACCAUUGUGUCGCUGAGUUGUCAUAAUGCUGCAGCAAAUGUACAUUAUCCCAGGGGUGUUGGCAGACAUAAUGUAAGUAACUUAAUUUAUGUCCCCCAAACUGCCCUGAAUGCCUCUGAUGAUCCUACAGCUACUGUAUGCAGUAAUCAUGUGCCUAUGAACCAGAGUUAUACUGUUUGCAAUGAGGCGAUGUGCCCUAGUAGGAAGUCCACUGAGUGCAGAGUGAGCUGCACAAUAAGCUCCAAAAUAAAUAACAUGAGCAAGUCUACUACUGAUAAGCUUCCCAGUAAAGCAUUAAAAACAAUCAAGAAUCCCAGAAAGUGCUAAAAAUAGCCCAUAUUAACAUAUGUAGCCUAAGAAACAAGGUUCAUGAAGUCAAUAACUUGCUAGUAACAGAUUACAUUCAUAUUCUGACUAUCUCUGAAACUCACUUAGACAAUACCUUUGAUGAUACAGUGGUAGCAAUACAUGGUUAUAACAUCUACAGAAAAUACAGAAAUGCCAAUGGGGGCGGUGUUGCAGUCUAUAUUCAGAACCACAUUUCUGUAAAGCUUAGAGAGGAUCUCAUGUUAAAUACUGUUGAUGUAAUAUGGCUACAGGUUCAUCUGCCCAUUCUUGUGGGAAGCUGCUAUAGACCACCAAGUGCUAACAGUCAGUAUCUGGAUAAUAUGUGUGAAAUGCUUGAUAAUGUCUGUGGUGUGUAAUGAGGAGCAACCAGAUGCUGCACUUGACACAUUUAUGAAAUUGCUUAUUCCAGUUACUAAUAAGCAUGCACCCAUUAAGAAAAUGACUGUAAAAACUGUUAAAUCCCCUUGAAUGUAUUAGGAAUUGAAAAAUGGUAUGGAUAAGAGGGAUGAGGCAAAAGGUAUGGCAAAUAAUUCUGGCAGCACAACCGAUUGACAAAUGUACUGCAAAUUGAGAAAUCAUGUGACUAAACUAAAUAAAAAGAAGAAGAAACUAUACUAUAAAACAAAGAUAAAUUAUAUAAAGAAUGAUAGUAAAAAGCUUUGGAGCACCUUAAAUGACAUUUUGGGCAAAAGUUAAACUCAGCUCCAUCAUUCAUUGAAUCCGAUGGCUCAUUCAUCACAAAACUCACUGAUAUUGCUAACUACUUUAAUAAUUUUUUCAUUGGCAAGAUUAGCAAACUUAGGCAUGACAUGCCAGCAACAAACGCUGACACUACAUAUCCAAGUAUAUAUGACCAAGUUAUGAAAGACAAGCAUUGUACUUUUUAAUUCUGUAAAGUGAGUGUGGAAGAGGUGAAAUAAUUAUUGUUAUCUAUCAACAAUGACAAGCCACCGGGGUCUGACAACUUGGAUGGAAAAUUAUUGAGGAUAAUAGCGGAAAAUAUUGCCAAUCCUAUUUGCCAUUUCUUCAAUGUAAGCCUACUAGAAACUGAGUGCCCUCAGGCCUGGAGGGAAGCUAAAGUCAUUCUGAUACCUAAGAAUAGUAAAGCCCCCUUUACUGGCUCAAAUAGCCGACCAAUCAGCCUAUUACCAACCCUUAGUAAACUUUUGAAAGAAAUGUGUUUGACAAGAUACAAUGCUAUUUUAGAGUAAACAAAUUGACAACAGACUUUCAGCAUGCUUAUAGGGAAGGACAUUCAACAAGCACAGCACAUACACAAAUGACUGAUGAUUGGCUGAGAGAAAUUGAUGAUAAAAAGAUUUUGGGGGCUGUUUUGUUAGACUUAAGUGCAGCUUUUGACAUUAUCGAUCAUAGUCUGCUGCUGUAAAAACUUGUGUUAUGGCUUUACACCUCCUGCUAUAUUGUGGAUAAAGAGUCCAACAGAACACAGAGGGUGUUCUUUAAUGGAAGCCUCUCCAACAGAAUCCAGGUAGAAUCAGGAAUUCCCCAGGGCAGCUGUCUAGGCCCCUUACUUUUUUCAGUCUUUACUAACGACAUGCCACUGGCUUUGAGUAAAGUGUGUCUAUGUAUGCGAAUGACUCAACACUAUACACGUCAGCUACUACAGCGACUGAAAUGACAGCAACACUUAACAAAGAGCUGCAGUUAAUUUCAGGAUGUGGCAAGGAAUAAGUUAGUCCUAAAUACAUCAAACUAAAACCAUUGUAUUUGGGACAAAUCAUUCACUAAACCCUAAACCUCAAAUGAAUAUUGUAAUGAAUAAUGUGGAAAUUGAGCAAGUUGAGGUUACUAAACUGCUUGGAAUAACACUGGAUUUUAAACUGUCAUGGUCAAAACAUAUUGAUACAACAGAGGCCCCGUGUAGCUCAGUUGGUAGAGCAUGGUGUUUGCAACGCCAGGGUUGUGGGUUUGAUUCCCACGAGGGGCCAGUAUGAAAAAUGUAUGCACUCACUGACUGUAAGUUGCUCUGGAUAAGAGUGUCUGCUAAAUGACUAAAAUGUGAAUGUAAUAAUAAAGUGCUGCUCUGCCUUCUUAACAACACUAUCAACAAGUCAGGUCCUAUAGGCCCUAGUUUUGUCGCACCUGGACUACUGUUCAGUCAUGUGGUCAGGUGCCACAAAGACUUAGGAAAAUUACAAUUGGCUCAGAACAGGGCAGCACGGCUGGCCCUUAAAUGUACACGGGGAGCUAACAUUAAUGAUAUGCAUGUCACUCUCUCAUGGCUCAAAGUGGAGGAGAGAUUGACUUCAUCACCACUUGUGUAAGAAGUGUUGACAAGCUGAAUGCACCGAGCUGUCUGUUUAAACUACUAGCACACAGCUCGGACACCCAUGCAUACCCCACAAGACAUGCCACCAGAGGUCUCUUCACAAUCCCCAAGUCCAGAACAGACUAUGGGAGGCGCACAGUACUACAUAGAGCCAUGACUACAUGGAACUCUACGCCACAUUAGCAGUAGAAUCAGAUUUAAAAAACAGAUAAAAAUACACCUAUGUAACAGCGGGGACUGUGAAGAGACACACACAAAUGGACAGACACGCAUACGCACACAAACGCUAGCACACGCACUCUACACACAUGUACAUUGUAAUAUUGUUGAAUGGUGGUAUUAUACAUUUUGUAUUGUAGAUAUGUAGUGGUGUAAUAAUGUUAUAUGAUGUACUGUUUUAUCUUUUGUUUUAUAUGUAAUGUAAGUGCCUUAAUGUGUUUGGACCCUAGGAAGUGUAGCUGCUGCCUUGGCUAAUGGGGAUCCCUAAUAAAUACAAAUACAAAAGUGGCAAACUGUUAUCCGGGGAGGGGUCUACAGUAUAUUAAGGACAAUUAUUAGCCAAUCAGACCCGUUUAGUAUGUCAUCAAUUUGAGGAUUCCAUUGAUACAGUAAUUUGAUGUGUCUAAAUCCAAAGUGUCACUUGGUGUUAGUCAAUUUAAAUGAAGGGAAAUAACAUUGUGAGCAAAAUUAUUAAUCAUACUGUAUCACUUUAGUAACUUAUUUAAAAAGGAUUUAUGACCUUAGAUUUGAGCAUUUGUGGCCUCCAUAUCAGAAAAUGUACCAUACCUACUGGUGGCACAAUGUUAUUAUAAUGGUAAAAAAGUAUUUAAAGUCAUUAAGCUACCAUAGUAGUUGAUGUAGAAUGGGGAGAUGUACCCAAAUAUAUUUAAAUAUAUAUAUUUUUAUAGGAACAUGAAGUACAUUUUUCCCCAAAUGCCAUCAUAAUUCAAGAACAACCCGGGUCCUACUGGUCCACAGACACCACUGCAUGCUGGUUUUAGGAUCAGUCUUUCUUUAGAAUCAGUCUUCAGACUGUAUUGAAUAGAGAUCUGGACAUGACCUUACUUUGAAGAUUGCCAUUUAAUUUAGUUAUUUAUGACCUUAGAUUCUGUGGGCUCAAAUAUGGGCUUGUUUUUUGGAGACGAUACUCAGAUAUAGCUGGUCGUCCCAUGUUGUACGGUGCUGGUUUUGUGCUCUACCUAUUCCUUCUGUCUGUGAGCUGACCAGGGACAGCGGCCAUGAAUCCAGUGCUCUGCCCAGAGAAACAAAGCCAGACCUGUGUUGGAGCCGCAGAAAGCUGUGUGUGGCUGCUAGUGUUUUCAUCAGGGGUGAAACCUUAA